AGUGUGUGUGUUGGAACGCCGUACUGGAAAGAGCAGACACACACACAGACACACACACCCCACUGUAGCCUCCAGCUGCGCCUAUCUGCACCUUUCAGACUCUCCUCCACCUUUAACAGUGUCACUCGGAAGUGUUGCUUGUGUGCUUUUGGUUCUCCAGCGCUGCACAUCAUACCCGUGCGCACACGGAGCAGGAACAUUACGCACGUCGAGUCGGCACAUCCGCGGCGCGUGAGCAACAUCUGGAUUAAAGCAGAUGUUCAGCCGGAGAGCAUCAGAAAUCCCAACAGGACAGCGUGAUCCUGGCCGAACUGGACUAUGCUGAUAUCAGGGCGGAUUCUUGGCCAGGCUUUGCUCGAUCUGAUGGAUUAAGGAACAGCGCUGAGGAGUGUGUGUGUGUGUGUGAGAGAGAGAGGAAGAGAGCGCACACGGAGCAGCGCAGCAGUUGCUGAGCAGAAAGUCGAGCACAAAGGAUGAUUAAGAAACAAAAGCAGAAGACCUUUACACAAGUUCUGCUGCUCAUCUGCAUGCUCACAAUCUUGCUAUCACCGAUCCACAUUGCAGGACAUAAAGUUCACCAUGUCAGAACAGGAACGUGUGAAGUCGUAGCAUUACAUCGAUGCUGCAAUAAGAACAAGAUAGAGGAACGUUCUCAGACUGUCAAAUGCUCCUGCUUUCCGGGACAAGUGGCUGGAACCACACGAGCAGCACCUUCCUGUGUAGAUGCCUCCAUAGUUGAGCAGAAGUGGUGGUGUCAGAUGCACCCCUGCCUGGAUGGAGAGGAGUGUAAAGUUCUGCCUGAUCUUAAAGGCUGGAGCUGUGCCACAGGGAACAAGAUCAAGACCACAAAGAUCUCUUCUGACCGGGAUCAGCUUUGGUAGCGGAUGGAAACUAGAUACAGGUGGAUUGAGUUGGAGAACUGUUUGGAGGCUCCUCAUCUUUGCCUGUGGAUCUGAUCUGUGUAAAGACUGUUUUGUAACAGACACAGAACAACGCAGUGAACGCAGGUUUUCCAGGCACAUCAGUGUCGUGAGCACAUCUGGAUGCUGUUCCGUACUUCAGCUUUAUAAAGCUUGUUGUGGAUUUCUGUAGUUGCGUAUUGCUUGCCGUUUUUGGACUUUUGGCUCAGUUACAAAGUUCCUUUAUGUAGAUCCAUAUGGAUCCAAGUGUGACAACCAUUUUGCCUCAAGAUACAGUUAUUUAGUUUAGCUUAUGAAUGCAAAUAGACUUAAUCAUAUAAAAAUUGGCAAUGUAAUGGCACAAAGCCACAUAAGAUUACAAUAUAUGUGAACUUUGUUUGUGUGGAUCAGAAAGCCUUGAAGUUCCAAUAUGAAUGUUUAUGUAAGCCUAUGUUAAUUAAUGCACCAUUUAUUGCAUUAAAUCUGAAGUAAAAAAAUUAACAAACCUAUAGAAUUAAACAAAAAAAGUUUUUUUUUUUUUUUUAACAUACUGUAUGUAUAGCUGCAAAUGCUUCCUCAUAUGUACUGUAUGUCAGGAACAAAGUGACUCUAUAAUAAACCAUAUUUGUCUUUAAACCAUUUGUGUGUAUUAUAGCACAGAAAUAGCACAAAAAAAAUCAAACAUAAUCAAAGGCAUGGUUGUUGCUUUAAAAGUGCUGUAAGGUCUGAUUCUCUCUGUAACAUAGUCACCUUACAUGGCUAAUUACUAAAAUAAAUGAUGUUUUAUAGACA